UCACGUGAUACCACGACUCGGCCCGCCCCCCGGGUGUGAGUUGGCCAAUCCUUUUGCUGAGAGGUGAAUGGCCCAAUGAAGUCUCUACCGUUCGCUUUUGGAGCACCGGAUUUCCAUCGGGCUCGGGAGGAGAAAGAGAACUGUUGAUUGGAUUACAUCGCCGGAAGCGGGGCGGGACUUUGUUGUGGCGAUUGAUUCGUUUCAUUAUGGAUGGAGGGGAUGAUGGCAAUCUUGUUAUCAAAAAGAGGUUUGUAUCUGAGGCAGAAUUAGAUGAACGACGCAAAAGGCGACAAGAAGAAUGGGAGAAAGUUCGAAAACCCGAAGAUCCCAAAGAAUGUCCAGAGGAGGUUUAUGACCCACGGUCUCUCUAUGAAAGGCUACAGGAACAGAAAGACAGGAAGCAGCAGGAGUAUGAGGAGCAGUUCAAAUUCAAAAACAUGGUAAGAGGCUUAGAUGAAGAUGAGACCAACUUCCUUGAUGAGGUUUCUCGGCAGCAGGAGCUAAUAGAAAAGCAACGAAGAGAAGAAGAACUGAAGGAACUAAAGGAAUACAGAAGUAAUCUCAAUAAAGUUGGAAUCUCUGCAGAAAACAAGAAGGAAGUAGAGAAGAAACUGCCUGUGAAACCAAUAGAAACCAAGAACAAGUUCUCCCAGGCGAAGCUGUUGGCAGGAGCUGUGAAGCACAAGAGCUCAGAGAGUGGCAAUAGUGUGAAAAGACUGAAACCAGACCCUGACCCAGAUGACAAGAGUCAAGAGGCCUCAUCCUGUGUGUCUCUUGGAAGUACCUCCCUGAGUGGCCCAUCCAUUCACUGCCCCUCCGCUGCCGUCUGCAUUGGCAUCCUCCCAGGUCUGGGCGCCUACUCCGGAAGCAGCGACUCUGAGUCCAGCUCAGACAGUGAAGGCACCAUCAAUGCCACAGGGAAGAUUGUCUCCUCCAUCUUCCGAACCAACACCUUCCUUGAGGCACCCUAACUCCUGUUCUUCAACAGGAAGGCCCCCCUAAAACAGUUGGACUGUCCAUUCUGCCGCCAGGCAUUCAUUACCUCCCUCUAAAAACUCCUUUGCCGGCCCUGUGUGCACACCGUGACACUUUUAAAAUCUCACCUAAAAAUGUGCCAGAUCCACUUGUGGCCAGAACUGUGGUCUCCUUUCCACUGUAGUGCAGAUGACCAAACCAGUCUCACUGCCUCUUCCUCACUGAUAUGGCAGGGUGGGUGUGGCCUGCAGGAGCUCCUGUGACAGUACCAAGGGAUCAUACUAGCUGGCUUGCAAAAGGGUGCUGCUGGGUUUUGUUGCUUUCUUGUUUUCACUUUUUCCUUUCCCAACAGCACAGGAAACAAGGGCAGUUAUUGCACAGGUGUUCCUUAAAAUUUAUUGUAGACAAAUGUGUAUUUGGUUCUACUGCAUUGUGGAACAUGUUGUGUGCUAAGGAAAAAUAAUGAAAUUUCUCUGUGGGGCACGUCAGUUACCAGUCUUCAUUGUGAAGUUUCCCUUAAUGUUGGCCAUUCCUCUCCAUCCAGUCCCAUUUGUAUAGGAAUGGGCUGGUAACGAGCAAGCUUUCAUCUUCUACUCAGAUUUUUUUCUCUGCCUGGCAAGUUAUUUUGUUUUCGAUUUUGAAAUAAAAGAUAUAGUUUAAGAUUCUAAA